AUGGGCUAUAUUGAGAAUGAGGCCUUACUAAUUGGUAAUUAUGUGCAAGGUGAUGAUGAAGAGACCAAGAUGCAACGUCGUGCAAUGGUUAGGUAUAUGUGCCUAUCACAGCUACUGGUUUAUCGCGACAUCAAUGUCGGUGUUCGCAAACGAUUUCCAACUUACGAUUCUAUCGUGAAAGCUGGCUUCAUGCUAGAGCAUGAAAGGGAAAAACUUGAAUCGUUAAAGUUGGACUAUGAUAAGUACUGGGUACCAAUCAAUUGGUCUUAUACGCAUAUGUUCAAUGCAAGACGAGCUGGAAAGAUAACGAGUGAUGUGAUGACGAACAAACUUACUGAUGAGAUGAAAGUUUUUCGUACAAAUCUUCAAAUGUUAUGCAAUUAUGAUUGGGUGCCAAUCCCACUCGCAUAUCCUCAGGUGACAGCUGCAUGCUCAGUCUAA